ACGAUGGCCGCUACGGUGGGCAAUUCAUGCGGAAUGAUUUGUUCAGAAAAGUCAGGCACGUUGAUUCAAAUGCUGUGGUUGGGUUUGGCAGUGGCAUUCACGACAACCUCUGCCAAUGUAAUAACGAAUGGCAACAGUUCUUAUUCUGCUAAUGUCUUCUCUCUGUAUAGCCUUAGAAUGGAUGCAACGUUUUCUGUUGUGAAAGGUAGUAUGCUGGGGGAAUAUGAUACUUUGGAUCAGGGGGACGUGCAGGGUCUACUCUCUUUCAGAAAAUGCAUUACAGCCGAUCCCACCCAAGCGCUCUCUAGCUGGACUACUUCUAAUGCACAGCACAUGUGCUCAUGGAACGGAGUUUUGUGCACAAAGCGAUCCAAAAGAGUUGUGGCCGUAACUCUACCUCACUUGGAACUCGAAGGUACCAUUUCUCCCUCUAUAGGAACCCUGUCCUUACUGGACACUUUGAAUCUCACUAAUAACUCUUUCAGCGGAAGGAUUCCACCUCAGCUUGGCCAACUGAAAGCCUUAAGUAUAAUAGACCUCAGUUCUAAUAAAUUGGAAGGUUUCAUCCCGAAAUCUCUCUCGAAUUGCAUGCACCUUCGGCGAAUUUUACUUUCUGUAAACAACUUGACCGGGAGCAUACCUGCAGAAUAUGGUGUUCUCAGCAAGUUGGAGCAUCUCAUCUUGUCCUAUAAUAGUCUGACUGGAAACAUUCCAAUUUCUCUGAGCAACUGCACACAUCUUAAAGUGAUUUCACUAGCAGAAAACAAUUUGACUGGGGUAAUACCACCAGAAUUUGGCCGCCUGGGCAUGCUGGAGGGACUCUUCUUGGAGAACAAUGGUCUGACUGGAAGUAUUCCAAUUUCACUGAGCAACUGUACCUCUCUCCUUGGAUUCAGCAUGAGCUACAACAGUCUCACGGGUUCGAUUCCUCCUGUUUUGUGUUCGAUAAAAGGUCUGUCAUAUCUCUACUUUGAAAGCAACUUGCUGACUGGUAACAUCCCUCCUUUAAGUAAUUGCUCUGAAUUGUAUUUUAUUACAUUUGCUCACAACAGCUUGACUGGAGAUAUUCCUUCCGAACUGGGUAGGCUGGGCAAAUUACAAUUCCUUUACCUGCAGUCUAACAAUUUCAUGUCUCCAAUUCCACUGUCUCUGGGUAAUUGUUCUUCCCUUGAAAUAUUGUUUCUGGGUGAUAACUUGCUGUCUGGCACCAUACCACCUGAAUUAGGAAAUUUGAAAGCGCUUGUUAAAUUAUCCUUAUAUGGCCCCGGAAAUCUAACUGGUCACAUUCCACUAGAAUUAGGGAACUGUAGUAAUCUUGAAUCGAUUGAUAUUUCACGAAAUCAAAUGAAGGGACCACUGCCCAUGAGCAUCUUGAAGCUUCCUCUAACAACACUUGAUUUAAGUUAUAAUCUUUUUGAAGGCAGAUUACCAUAUGCCAUCUUCAAUAGGACCCAGUUGACUACUUUACAACUUAGUGAAAAUAAUUUCACCGGAUCAAUUCCAGAGGACAUAGGAAAUCUGAACAAGAUCGUCUCUUUGGGUUUUGGUUCUAAUGGAUUUACAGGUAUCCUACCCAAAGGAAUACGCAAUUUAACAAAACUUGAAAAUAUGUUCUUUGACUCGAACAAUUUCACGGGGAAAAUUCCAUUGGGUAUAGGAGAGAUGCAAUCUUUGAAAAUUCUGCAUCUGUAUAGAAACAAUUUUGUUGGACCUAUACCCCAUAGUGUUGGUCAGCUCAAGAAUCUUAGUGAGUUUAUCAUCUACAGCAAUAAUCUUUCUGGUGUUAUUCCUCAAAGCAUUGGUGGAUUGAUUUCACUAACAAUCCUUGAUUUAAGUUGGAAUCUUUUUGAAGGCGGAUUACCUUAUGGCAUCUUCAGUAUGACCCAGUUGACUAUGCUACAAGUUAGUGUAAAUAAGUUCGAUGGAUCCAUUCCAGAGGAGAUAGGAAAUCUGAACAAGCUCGUCUACUUGGGUUUUGGUUCAAAUAGAUUUACAGGUGUCCUACCCAAAGGAUUACGCAAUUUAACAGAACUUGAAUAUAUGUCCUUCGACACAAACAAUUUCACGGGGAAAAUUCCAGUGGCCAUAGGAGAGUUCCAGUCUUUGAAACGUUUGUAUUUGCAGAAAAACAGUUUUACUGGACCUAUACCUCAUAGCAUUUGUCAGCUCAAGGAUCUGAGUCAGCUUGUCAUAUACAGCAAUAAUCUUUCUGGUGUUAUUCCUCAAAGCAUUGGUGGGUUGACUUCCCUAAAGUUAUUCGAUGCAUCCGAUAAUGGGCUAACAGGAAAAAUUCCCCUAUCCAUAGGGAAGUGUAGUCAUCUAACAGAUCUGAUACUGGCCAACAACCUUUUGUCCGGAAGAAUUCCAGCAACGCUGGGUAACUGCACAGCCCUAAAGAAGCUAAAGUUGUCAAGUAACUCAUUCUAUGGAGAUCUAGAAAUUGAAUUUUCUUCUUCUAUAGAAGUUCUGUCUGCUCAUUCUAACAACUUUUCUGGAACCCUGCCUGCAUCGCUGGCCAAUUAUAGACAGCUUACGCUUCUUGAUUUCAGCUAUAAUAGGUUGACAGGUGAGUUUCCUUCACACUUGCUUACAAAUUGUCAAGAGCUGAGAGUUAUAAGCCUUGGCUCAAAUAUGCUUAAAGGGAAUAUUCCUCUAGCAAUAAACGAUCUCAGCAGAUUGCAAGUGAUGGACUUAUCCAAUAAUAAUUUUUAUGGAAAAAUUCCUUCUUCUCUGGGGAAUCUGCAGGGAUUUAAAAACUCCGGAAUUAAUGGCAGUACCCUCUAUGAGGAUCUACCGAGCAUAACAAUGAAAGGAAACGUGUAUUCACUAGUAUAUGUGCUGGCAACAAACACAAUACUUGAUCUGUCAAACAACAAUUUAAGUGGUGAAAUACCGGCAAGCAUGGGGAAUCUAUCUCAGAUGAGGUUGUUAAAUCUAAGUGGAAAUCAUCUGAAAGGUGGGAUACCGGCAUCUUUGGGGGAAAUAUCAAGCUUGGAGCAGUUGGACUUAUCCCGAAAUAAUUUGAGUGGACAGAUACCCGAAGAAUUGUCUAAAUUGUACCUCUUGGCCUAUUUCAAUGUUUCAUUUAACAGUCUAUGUGGGCGAAUACCAGGAGGGCCACAGUUUGCAACUUUUGAUAAAAUAUUCUACAGGGGAAACCCACCUUGUUUGUGCAAUUACCCUUUUCCUAAGUGCAAAAAGGUUACAUCGGCCCCACCACCACCACCAUAUGCGAAGAAGUCAGUGUGGAGCAGAAUAGAUGAACAUGUCUCAGUAGUUGCUGUGGGGUUGGGAUGGGGGCUUGGAUUUGGUGCAACAAUUUCAGUUAUAAUCUGGUGGGAUACACUGUGGCGUUGCAUUAUGGCUUUCAAAAUCAGAGGCUUUAAUGGACUUACAGGUUCCCAGACAUGUAGUUGGAGUUUGAACUACAGCCCUCAUUUUACAUUUCACUCAUCCACAUCAACGGCCACUGUUGAUAGCAGUCAAUGAAAAAUUGGCAAUGGCUUCAGUAGAAAUAGAUUAAAACAUGUGGUAGUUGUAUCAGGAUCUGCAGAUCGGUUUUCCCGCUAGCCAGUGUUUGCUGAGCUGAUGAAAGGGACAUAUCAAUCUCGAGUAUUGAGAUACGUUUAACCUUUACUUUUCUGCUCGAGUGUACUAUGAUAUGUUUAAGUUUUAUUCUACAGACAAAGGCAUUAUGGUAUAGGUUAACUUUAACUUCAGCCAAUACUAUUGCAACAUGUUUUAAAUUUUAUUUUAUUGCUAAAAAUAGCACUUGCAUCGAAUGCGGUGCAAUGGUUAGGCCGAUAGCAAGACAUGCUUUGGGUAACAUUUUGAGAAUUGUUUGUCAGCUUGAGUGCAAAACUUGUUUAA